GCGACUAUCAAGGUAGGUAUGUCAACGUGCCGGCUUGUCCUCGCGUCGUUGUCGCGAAAUUGCGAACGUGUCAUCCCCGGCACGACCGUCGUCUCGAAGAAGAGCUACUCAACCACCGCAGAAAAUGAAAAGACCUAUGAUAUCAUCAUCGCCGGAGGCGGCAUGGUCGGUACGACGUUGGCGUGCGCCAUAGCGAACAAUCGGAGAUUGGCAGACAAGAAGAUCUUACUUUUAGAAAAUAAUGCUAAACAGGAAUACACACCACAGGAGAAAUACUCCAAUCGAGUUGUUGCAUUGAAUCAACAAACCCGUACUUUAUUAUCCAGCAUAGGAGCAUGGAAACAUAUAGAGGCAAUCCGAUAUUCUCCAGUACAGAAAAUGCAGGUAUGGGAGGCAUGUUCCGAUGCUGUAAUAACAUUCAACGAGGAUUUCUCGUGUAAAGAAUUGGCCUAUGUAAUCGAGAAUGACCUGUUGCUGCACGCGAUCAACAAGCAGCUUUCUAAGAAAGAAAAUGUUACUUUGAUUUACAAUUCUAAAGUCGCCGAUGUAAAACUUCUGAAGACGGGAAUAGAAUUCGUUACUAUACAGCUGCAGUCUGGAGAACAGUACAGGACUAGGUUACUGGUGGGUGCCGAUGGCGUUAACUCCCUGGUGAGGAAGGCGAUGGGUGUGAUUUAUCUCAACUGGCAGUACAAUCAAUUGGGCAUCGUUGCGACUGUUAAGCUGUCUGAGCCCAUGGAGAACAUCGUGGCUUGGCAAAGAUUUCUUCCAACGGGACCCAUCGCCUUGCUUCCGUUGACAGAUUCUCUCAGUUCACUCAUAUGGUCCGUAACGAAAGAGAAAGCAAAGGAACUAUUGAAUAUCUCGGAGGAAGAAUUUGUCGACCGAAUAAAUGAGGCGCUGUGGCGAAUUUAUCCGAAGAGCAGCAUUGUCGAAAGCGGGAUGCAAGGAUUUCACUGGUUGCUUACAAGACUUGCCUUAAAGAUCAAUACAUCCAGGCAAAUGCCACCCUCCGUAAAGGCAAUUGUCGAGGGAUCGCGGGCAGCAUUUCCUUUAGGUUUUGGUCAUGCCUCGUCGUAUGUUCAGUCAGGCGCGGUGUUGAUCGGGGAUGCUGCACAUCGAGUCCAUCCUUUGGCAGGUCAAGGUGUGAAUCUAGGUUUCGGCGAUGUGGCAGAGCUGACGCAAAUCCUCGCCGAGGCUAACGUGAACGGCAGUCAUCUCAAUGAUAUGUUCUAUUUGCGGACAUACGAGACGCUGAGGCAACGUCACAAUGUACCAAUGAUGCUCGCCAUCGAUGGACUUCAUCGGUUCUAUCAACACACCGCGGCACCCAUUGUUCUUGGUAGAAGUCUGGGUUUGCAAUUAGUAAACGCUCUCCCGCCAAUCAAGAAACUUUUUAUGCAACAGGCUGCAGGAAAUAAUAUUUAAAAAAUGCUGAUCAUACUGGAGACUAGAAUGUACAGAAUGUAAAUAGUGUAAAGGAUGGUUAAUUUAUUCUCUGUAUCAUACAUAUAUAUCGUCAGAAGUGGCAAAUAAGGUACGGUUAACGCGAUGCUACAAUGCUUUGAAGCAUUUUUUAAUUGGUCAAUUUGUAAAAUUCUUUCUUCUAAUUGGUCCAUCAAACGCUUCAAAGCAUUUAUAGCGAGUCCUUGACCAGGCAUAGGUACAGGUUCGUAAUUAGUUUAUGGACGCUCCAAGAUAAUUAUAUUAAAUUUUUCUUAAUUUUA